UCUAAACCUAAUUCAUCACUUGCAAACAGUACAAAAAUCUGAAAUCACGUUUGACUUUGAUAAUGAUUGGGCCCCAACUAAAACGUUAGAAAAUUUAGUUAGAAAAAAACCAAUGAAACAUAUUAUAUACAGCCCACGAGAUCUGAAAUAUACUAUCAGCCCAAAUCUUUUGAUCCUUUUGCCACAUCCAUCAAACACAUUCCGGACGUUGUCGGAGAAGAACACGCAAAGACCCAAUGGAGGCGCCGGCGACGGAGGUAAAGAAGAAAAGCUCGCCGGUGAUACCAUGGAUGAGAGAUCCAGUUGAUAUUAGUAUCUCCGGCUCCUGCCCGCUCAGUUCUCUCCGUUUACUUAACCCCAGAUUAGAGACAGCUUUGGAUAGUAUGGGAAUCACAUCACUCUUUCCUGUGCAGAUAGCAGUUUGGCAAGAAACAAUUGGGCCCGGUUCUUAUAAUCGAGACCUCUGCAUAAAUUCGCCCACAGGGAGUGGGAAAACUCUUGCUUAUGCUUUGCCGAUUGUGCAGACGUUAUCUUCUCGAACAGUAAAAUGCCUUCAAGCUCUGGUCGUGUUGCCCACUCGUGACUUGGCCGUGCAGGUUAAGGAAGUGUUUGCUGCUUUAGGCUCUGCAGUGGGCUUGUCUGUGGGUUUGGCAGUGGGCCAAUCUUCCAUUGCUGAUGAGAUCUCAUUGUUGGGUUCGCUAUACCCUACGGGAAAUAAAUCCAGUCUGAUUGGAACGCCGGGUAUUCUACUCCAACACUCAUCUCUCAUCGAGAAGCCCAAUAUGGGAACUAGCAUUUGUGAUGAAGCUGAAGAUUUCGUUCGGGAGCCAAAAAGUUCGGUGGAUAUACUUGUAGCUACGCCAGGAAGGCUAAUGGACCACAUCAAUAACACUGAUGGUUUCACGCUCGAGCAUCUAUGUUACCUUUUGUGCACGUCAAAGCUUAAACCACUUUAUCUACUGGCAUUGUUGGGAACUUUGCAAGGGGAGAAAAGCAUUGUUUUCACGUCAUCCGUAGAGUCGACUCACAGACUUUGCACAUUGUUAAAUUUCUUUGGUGACCUUCAAAUUAAGAUUAAGGAGUACUCUCGUCUGCAGCGAGAAGUGCAAGUGCUGAUUUCAUCUGAUGCAAUGACUCGAGGAAUGGAUGUUGAAGGUGUGAAAAAUGUGAUAAAUUACGACAUGCCCACAUAUACGAAGACCUACAUUCACCGAGCCGGCCAAACUGCGAGAGCUGGGCAAAUCGGGUGUUGUUUCACGCUUUUGCACAAGGAUGAGGUUGCACGAUUCAACAAGCUGUUACGAAAAGCUGACUAUGAUUCUUGCCCCAUUUUUUCUGUUCCAUCUGAGUCGGUAGAGUCAUUUCAGUCCAUGUACAGAACAGCUUUGGAACGACUAAAGAGAGUGUCGAAUCCGAAAAAUUUAGAAAGGGCAGUGUUAGGAGCAAGCACCCAGGUGUUGUUCGCAAAAAGGCGAAAGCUGCCUGAAGAAUAUGAUAAAAAAACAAGAUGUACGGUCGAAUUUGCCCCCGUACUUUAUAAAAUAACUGUUACGCAGGCUUAA